UACAGCUUGAAGUUCAUAUGGACCACGCCGGUCACUCUCCUUGGCUUUGUCCUCGUUCUUGCUGUUUGGUUGCUUAUCCGGUCACACCCCUGGUUACACCUCCGGGAAAGCCCCGAGAAGCGCCGCGAGUUUUGCAGAUUUCUUUCACUUAUGGCGGUCGAUCUCAUAGCGGUUAUAUUGUUAAUUGUCAGCAUUGUGUACGAUUGGGAAGCCCAGUUUCUGGUUCAGUGUUUGCUUUGUAUGGCUGGCAAUUUAGAGAAACUCGAGCAGUUCUUUACGCCGCCACCUCCGAGUGCUCUGUUUGACUUCGACACACCUUCAUCAGAUUUGGCGACAGCACGCAUUCAAGCUUCGUGGUGGAACGCGAAGGCCGCCAUUUACAUGCCGUUUAUCCGUCGUUUCUGCGACAACACUCACGCUUUUGGCGACUGGCAUUCCGAGGACUUGGAGAAGGUGAAACGAGGCGUUUUUGCUCUAAUCGGGAGCUUGAGAGCGUUCUAUGGUGUUUCCGGGGAGCUAAUGAUAAUGCCCAAUGUUGCUAGCACCGCUUACUUACAGCCUUUCUAACAUCUCUGCGGGAAUUCGCGCGUGGUUGCACUCCCAGCUUAAUCGACGUUGUAGCGUGGGAUGCUCUUCGGUUUUCUAGCAGUACAUUUGGAGACCUCGAGAAUGAGGCUGGAGGU